UCGGCACCAGCCUUGGAGGAGCACCCUAUAAAUAUCGAGUGCUUCUUCAGGCAGUUACAUUGCCUCCUCGCAGAGAAAUCGACAGAAAUGGCUUCUAAGCUGCUCAUUUUCUUGGCUUUGGGCUUGGCAGUGCAGAGCACUGCGGCUGCACCAGCGCCUGGCAUCAGUGACUGGUUUACUCAAGUGGGCAACUUCUUCGAGAACAUCUUCAACAUCCAGAAGAACUUAACCCAGCAUGCUGCGGAGAACGCCGGGAAGAUCUGGCAGGACAUAGUGGAAAGUGCUGAGCAAGACGCGAAGGAAGUCGGUUCUUGGAUACAGAACGCCUACAACGAAACAACUGCCGCCUGGAACAGCAUUCAGGAGAAACUUCAGGCAUCCGCACAGAAGGCCAUAGUUUCCGCACAGCAAGCGAUUGUCUCAAGCGGACAGCAAAUCUCGCAAGAGGCGGCCGAGUGGGUGCAGGAAGCCUCCACUAAUCUGCAGAAUGCGGUGAACGCAAUCUCGACCAAGACCCACGAGAACUUUGAGCAGGCUAUGGAGUUCGUGGAGCGCGGAGAGGCGGCGCUGGAACAACUCCAGAAGGCACAGACCGACGCCACCAGCCAAGUCAUCCAGGGCAUCACGAAUUCCAUCCAGCAGAGUCUGAAAAACGUCCAGUCUCUGCUCAACAAGGCUUCAGCGGAGGUCAACAAGAACAGCAACUAGGCCAGCAUCCAGUCGACGACUGAUAAGCUAAAGCUCCCAACAAUAACAUUGGAGUUUCUAUUAAGAGUGCUAUAAAUUUUCUUAUCUUGGCGGUAAAAUAAAAGUUGAAUUCAAAUAGUA